AUGAAAUUUAGAAUAUAUCAAAUUAUUAUAAUAAUAAUUGUAAUAAUAAUAUCAUUUAAUAUAAUAAUAUUAUUAAAUAAUCAAAAUGUAAUAAAACUGAAUAAUAAAAAUAAUAAUUAUAGUAAUAGUAAUAGUAAUAGUAAUAUUAAUAGUAAUAGUAAUAUUAACAUAAACUUAAAUAAUAAUAAUAUUAAUAAAAAUAAUAAUUUAAAAAUUAAAAUUGAAAAAAAAGAAAAAUUAAUUGUUAAAGAAGAUGAAUUGAAAAUUUCAAAUGAGUUUAAACCAAAAUCUAAAUUUUUAAGUAUAAAUAAAAGGGAAACAGUACUUUCUAGAGAAUGUAAUUUUGUGGAUUUAGUAUAUACAUGGGUAAAUGGAUCAGAUGCAGAUCAUAUGGAAACUAAAAAACAAGUGAUGUUUAAUUUAACAGGUGAACACAUUCAAGAUUUCGAACCACAUCGUUAUAGAGAUAUCGGUGGUUUAAAAUACUCAUUACGUAGUGUUAGAAAAUAUGCACCAUGGAUAAGAAAUAUCUAUAUCAUUACAGCAAAUCAAGUUCCAACUUGGUUCAAUUCAGAAAAUCCUGAAAAUGUUAAAUUCAUUUUCCAUAAAAAUUAUUAUGGUAAUAUUUCACAUUUACCAACAUAUAGUUCAAAUUCAAUUGAAUCGAAUUUUUGGAAUUUACCAAAUGAAGUUUCAAAUUGUUUUUUAUAUUUAAAUGAUGAUGUGUUUUUUAAUAGACCAGUUGAAAAGAGUGAUUAUUUUUAUGAUGAUCAAUUUAAUCAAAAGAUUUAUGAAAUUCAAGAAAGAACCCAAGUUUUUAAUGAGCAAAAGAAAUUAGAACCUUAUGCUAAAUCAUUCGCUUAUUCAAAUUCAAUAUUAAAUAAAAUUUGGGGAGAAGAUAAGAGAAGAUUUUUACCAGAUCAUGGCGUUCAAGUUUAUAAUAAAAAGAUUUGGUUAAUGAUACAUGACCAAUUAUUUGAUUUCGGUCUUGACCAAACUUCUUCAAAUAGGUUUAGAGAAUCAUCAGAUUUACAAUUAUCCUUUAUUUAUAAUCAGUUUGCUAAACGUUAUUCAAAUCAAUUUAAAUUGGCUUCAAAAGGUGCUAAUCUUUAUGUUGGAAUUUGGAAUGAUCAGAAAAUUAUUAAUAAUGCUAUUAAUAGAAUUUUAAACGAAAAAAAUGCAAUGACAAUUUGUUUAAAUGAUGGUUUUGAUUUUGUUGAUGAUGAAAUCCAUUCAAAAUUAACAAAUUUAUUCGAUACAUUAUUUCCUGAAAAAUCACCAUUUGAAAAUUAA